AUGGUCACUGCAAUCACUCAGGCCAAAGAUUUAAAAUCUAUGAACCUGGAAGAUCUCAUUGGUUCACUGAGAGCUCAUGAAGUUGUACUUCAAGGAGACAAACCAGUGAAGAAGGUAAAAACACUUGCCUUGAAAGCAUCUCAGCAAACCCCAUCAGUUGCUGAUGAAGAUGUGCAAGAACCACAAGAAUUAGAAGAAGUUCAUGAAGAAGAAGCUGAAGAUGAACUUGCACUAAUCUCUAAAAGAAUUCAAAGAAUGAUGCUGAGAAGAAAUCAGAUCAGAAAGAAGUUUCCAAAGACCAACAUCAACAUCAAAACUGAAGCUGACAAAAGUCAAGUCACUUGCUAUGGAUGCAACAAAACUGGACAUUUCAAAAAUGAAUGUCCUGACAUCAAAAAGGUUCAAAGAAAACCUCCCUUCAAGAAGAAAGCAAUGAUCACAUGGGAUGACAUGGAAGAAUCAGAUUCUCAAGAAGAUGCAGAUACAGACAUGGGACUGAUGGCUCAGUCAGAUGAUGAGGAAGAGGUCCUGCCUCAGGGUGCAAGAACAAAACCAUGGUACCUGGAUAGUGGUUGUUCUAGGCACAUGACAGGUGACAGGAAUUGUUUUCUAACUUUUGAGAAGAAGGAUGGAGGACUAGUGACAUUUGGAAACAAUGACAAAGGUAAAAUCAGAGGUAAAGGUACUAUAGGAAAUCUUAACUCUGCUAGAAUAGAAAAUGUUCAACAAAUGGAUCUGGCACAAAAGGGCUGGUCAUAUAAGCAUGAAAACCAUUGCUAA